UUUAAACAAAUUUUGUACUGGCAAAAAUAAAUAAAUAUAUGACAUAAACAUUGCUUCAGCCGGACAUCUAAACCAUGCAUAGUAGCCUUUCUCAUCGCCGCGUUUAUUUCAGUUCAAAUAACAACGCUUCCUAAGAAGCAAGUUGGUCCAUUGGUGUCAAGACAAUAUUGUCAGCGGAUGUUUCCACUGCAAGUGCCUUCAUAAAUAAAUGUCAAAAUUUUUUGUGGUUAGGUAGAUUAUCGUUAUAAUAACUAGUCUUUACUAUAACAAUUGCCUUAAAAUCCCUAUUGUUUGCUUAGCUGUGAAUAUGGCAUUUAGCUUUGGAAAUACCUCUGUUCCUGCUUUUGGUAGUACUGCCCAGAAACCUACGGGUUUCGCCGCACCUUUCGGCUCAGUACAGCCGACCACUACACAAUCCACCAACUUUGGUUUUGGUCAAUCCCAGUCAGCAGCAACAUUUGGUUCUACCUUUGGGGCGGCACCCACCAGUGCUCCACCCGCUUUCGGAUCCACACAGGGAUUUGGUGCACAACCAGCGGCUUCCACUUCUGUUUUUGGGUCCGCAUUUGGCACGCCUGCUAGCAGUGCAGCUCCGGCUUUUGGGACCACCUUUGGAACAACACAAACUCAAGGAGCCACAGGAAUUUUUGGACAAGCUACAAGUAAACCAAGCACACUUUUUGGUACCCCUGCCACUUCAACCACAGGUCUAUUUGGAGCGGCACAAACAACAACUCCAGGUCUUUUUGGAACUAGUCAAACUGUAGCUAGUACUCCUUCCCUCUUUGGCCCAUCCUCAACAACACCUUCUCUUUUUGGUCAACCAGCUGCAACUGCUACGACACCUAGUUUGUUCGGCACCUCAUUUGGACAACCAGCAGUUAGUGCAGCCCCAGCUCCGUCUUUUGGGGGUGGAUUAUUUGGUGCUGUGCCGCAAAGUUCCGCCCCAUCCUUAUUUGGAUCGUCUAGCUUCGGUACUACUACGACUAGUUCGUUUGGUGGCUUUGGUGCAGCGACCACUAGUACUGGUGGAUUUGGCGGAUUUGGAACAGGAACUACUACCGGGACAGGUCUGUUUGGACAAAAACCUGCACAACCUACUGUCUCUGGUGUUCAAGCAGCUCAACAGACUACCACCCUAAAUAAAAACCAACAAAUCAUCGCCUCUGUUUAUGCAAUAAAUAUUUUUAAUGACGAAAGAGACGAUAUCUUAAAAAAAUGGAAUAUGUUACAAGCUUGUUGGGGAACAGGAAAGGGUUUUUACAAUUCUCAGUUGCCGCCUGUGGAGUAUACACCUCAAAAUCCAUUUUACCGGUUCAAAGCAAUGGGAUACAAUGUUAUACCUGAACAAGAUAACUCAGAAGGAAUAGUCAAAUUGGUUUUUAAUCGAAAGGUAACGGAAUUAAGAAAUCAACAAGACAUCUUAAAAAACGGAUUAGCAGGAAUCCUUGGAAAUCGACCUAAUCUUACCGUUGACAUAGUAUUAUUAAAAGCAACAACAGAUAGUCAGACUGAAGUAAAAAUGUGUGUGUCAGAAAAAGGCGUCACAGGUAUUAACAGAAAAAUACCUGCCACCGAACUGGCAGCUUUUUUAAACCAACCCAUGCAGAAACAGCAACUUACUAAUGUAGGAGUUUUAUCUGUCACCCCAUUCGUAACGCCUAGUAAAGCGGAGUUGGAAGAAUAUUUAAAAAAUCCCCCACCAGGUAUAGAACCACAGAUGUGGCAGGCUGCAAUUCAGGACAAUCCAAAUCCCAAAAAGUACAUCCCAGUGUCCAUUAACGGAUUCUCAGACCUGCGAGCACGAAUGUUAAAUCAGGAAUAUCAGACCGGUUUGCAUUCAGCCUUUUUAGAAAAGGUCGACAAGGAUAUUAAGGAAUUAAAGACCAAGCAUGCUUCAUCUCUGGCUCAUAUUGCUGAUCUCAAGCAAAAAUUUUUAGAACUACAGCAUAGAGUAUUGAGGGUGUUGGUGAAACAAGAAAGCACAAGGAAAGUAGGAGUGGCUAUUCAACCUGAGGAAGAGGUGCUUAGGGGACGCUUAGAAUUAAUGUACACCCAGCUUAAUCAACCCAAACAAUUUAAGGGUCAAAUCAAUGAACUACUCUCUCAUGUUAAAUUGUUAGAGACUUCAGCCAAACAAAGCGGCUGUUACAGAAUUGACGCCGACGCCCAAGAAGACAUUCGACAAUUCCUCAAGAUGGAACAGAGUGGUAUCUCUCAACUCGUCAACAUCGUUAAUAAUGACAUAAAAGCUUUACAAAUCAUCAGCGAUGGCUACAAGGAAUUAUUGGAAAAAAAGCAAUUCCGAUAAGCUAGACAUUUAUUUAUUUUUUUUUUUAAUAUCUUGAUUACAUUAAAAAAAGGAACACAUUUUCUUAUAUAAGAAUUUGAUUUUUAUUAAAUAUUUAUUAUAAUCUUUAAUAAAUAUCCUCUUUAUAAUAGAA